GCUAGUGAGUACACGGUUUUGUUGUGUACAGGAGUGAGUGUGUGCAAAAGAGCGUCGUCGUGGUCGUCGUCGUCGGUCGUAUGUAUCGGCCCCCGGGGAACAACAAUAAAAAAAACACACACACACCCGUACGCCAGUGCAUCGAAAGUUGUGUGAGGCACCACAACCGGAACUAAAAACAGCAAAACCGCGCGAAAAAGCGUACACAGCUAUACAGAGUAGUAGUGGCAGGCUCGCAAGUUGGCCGGGGUUUUGUUUAAGUUGCUUCAGUUUAUUGAAGAUUUUGCUGUAUCGUUGGUGAAGGUGGUGUGUAGUGAUAGGAGGCGACUCCUCUAUGUGAGUGCGUGAGGAAGACUGCCCCUGAGACAGGAAGGAUCAUCCACCAAACGUGUCUCCAUGAUGUUAUCAACUGCUUCCUAGUGGGAGUGGGUGUGUGGAGAUCAAUCAUCACUCAACAACUCUAUUUGGCUGAUCAUCAACCAUCAUCCACUUCAGUUCUGUGCGGGGACCUCUACGAAUAUCUCGCCCCCCACGGUAGAGUUCAUGUACCGUGUAAACAUGGUUGGCAUAGUGACUCCAUUUUAGUCUAACUAGAAGUGAUCAGAAGUUGUGGUAAAGGGUUACUGAGGGACCUGUCACUUUUCCCUGUACAAAGAGGUGUUCUGUAGUUGGUGGAGCUGUAGUUUAAACGAAGAAAAUAAUCCACAGGAAAAGAACACCUUAAACAGUGCUACUAAACUUCAGGUAGUUGAGGCAAACGCCUAAUUCGAUCAUGUGUCGGAAGCUUGGCUGUAGUCAGUGAGUCGGGCGAACCGAAAAAGGACCAUCUUUGAACGACAUCGGGCUGUCGAAAACCGUGCCUUAACCGUGGUACACAACUCAGGGAAUACAGCUACAAAAUUGAACGAGCGGAGUGCCCCAAAGUCAUCCUCAACCGACCGCCGGGUGGUACAUGCGAAGGUAGACACUCACACGCGUCUUAUCACCUCUAUCCGUAAACGCCUUCAAAACGCAAAACACCUGAUAGCAAGAGUACAAAAAUCUAGAAUUGCCAGAAUACAGGAAACGUUCCCCUCCCCACGAGAACUAAUGCAACGGAAGCCAAGCAAACCUCCGGGAUAGCAAUCCCGACCAUCCAGUACCUCCGCUGUUUUAUGCGCUCAACAAUUUGCAAUCAAUCAGACUUUUCAUCAACGAUCUGGAGGCAUUUCUGAAGGAGAGUCGUUGGUGUUUAUAUCACAUCCACAGCGGACGCAUACGAUCGUCAGCAAUGGUGUGUCGGGUUUUGUGAGUCGGGUUCCAUUUUUUUGAAAGGUGUUUAUAAUUUUCGAGUAUCGUGAAGUGCUCCGUUCCGGUGACGAGAUAUCCAGAAACGAUUCGCUGUCACACGAGAAAAGCGGCCCAGUGCUAUAGACGCAGUAGGAUUCGGUGUAGUUCUUGUGUGCGGUUUGUGAAAGUUUUGACCCCCCCCCCCUCCAUACGUGAGCCUCCUUGGUUGUGCAGUGUUGUAUGUGUGGUCGGAUAGAGAUCCUCGGGGAGAGCGUCGUCGUCGCGAGUGUCCUCGGUGGGUGCCUCCGAAAGGCAACACCUCUUCAAUCAAGGUGUGUUCACAAGCGAACCCGUGUCAUCAGCGUUUUACCGACGACCGCACCACGGACGGAGGAGAGCGUAACGCCUUCCUCUUGUCAGCAUCUCGGGACUGUGUCCGGUUGGAGUGUUUAGUGUACCGCAAUAAGCAACCAUCAACUAUCAACGCUUGACUCUGCUAUCAAAAGAGCAAAGGAGAACCUGCAUCUAUAGAACCGCCGCGCUAAGAUGGAACCAGAGAACCAGGCACAGCAGUACGGCGAGGUGAACCAGCUCGGCGGUGUGUUUGUGAACGGCCGGCCACUACCGAACAGUACGCGGAUGCGAAUCGUGGAACUGGCCCGGCUCGGUAUCCGACCGUGUGACAUCUCCCGCCAGCUGCGGGUCAGCCAUGGUUGCGUGUCGAAGAUACUAGCACGCUACCACGAAACCGGCUCGAUACUGCCGGGCGCGAUCGGGGGCUCGAAACCGCGCGUCACCACACCGAAGGUCGUCACGUACAUCCGGGAGCUGAAGCAGAAGGAUCCGGGCAUAUUCGCUUGGGAGAUACGGGACCGUCUGCUGUCGGAUGGGGUGUGCGAUAAGAACAACGUACCGAGCGUUAGCUCCAUCUCGCGUAUCCUGCGCAACAAGCUGGGCAAUCUGGCCCACCACCAUCACCAUCACCCGCACCAUCCGCACGCAGGUUCGGGUGGGGGCGGUGCCCAUACGCCUCACGCACCCGCCCACCUGUACAAUUCGAUCUAUCCCUCCUACCCGUACACGGCCGGUUCGCUCAAGUCGGAAAUGUCGUGCGGGGGCAGCCCAUCACCACCGACCGGUGCGACGCCUAUCCGUAGCCCGCACGCCCACUGUCCCUGGCCCUCGUCCCACUCCGUCACCGAUAUACUGGCGAACGUGCACCAUCAGGCGACGGUCGCGGCCCUGCGCAACGGUGGCACACCGACCUCCCAGUGUCACACGACCCCACCACCAACGUCCGUCGGUGGACAGCUGAUGGGGGGCGGCGGCGGAUCGAUGAACGGUACCACCACGUCCUCGCCGGCGUCCGCUUCGGCGGCGGCUGCUGCAGCGGCGGCCGCAGCAGCUGCUGCCGCUGCCGCCGGUAAUGCGGCGGUGGCGAUGCACCAGCACCACCAUCACCAUCACCACCAUCAGAUGCAGGAGUCCGUGUCGCCGCAGUCACCCAACUCGUACAACUACUACAUGUACCUGCAGAGUGGCGGCAUGCAUCACGGUGGGUUGGCCAGUGCAUCCGGCUUAUAGGUUCCUUUCUUGACCCGCGCGUCCGACGAGCGAUAGGUGAGGGCGCAGGUAUCUGCGGCAGUCCAACCACCGGCACCCGGCAGAAAUACCAACCUCGGCACAUGUCCUAGCAGCGACACUCCAUAUCCCGUGACACAUGUGUGUGGUCAAACACUGUGCUAAUGCGCUAACACUAGUUUGCUAAGUUUAUCGAUUAGAGAUACCAGAACCGCUUAAUUUAACACGCGCUAACUUACUCGUAAGGUUUUUCUUCUUUUUUUUUGUAUUUUCGUUAACACGUUCGAAGCAACUAUUCAAUAAUCCGCUACACGGCAAGACUAGAACUACGUUCUUGUAAGCUGUGAAUCCCCAUACACAACGCCUACACCACAGCAGGUUUUGUGAGGCACAGACUCUCCAGUUUUUGGAACGCUAUAUUUCGGCGCGCACUUGGUUUUGUUUUAAAACACCCCAGCUUUCGCAAUAUUGCCAAUACACCUUGGCCGACAGGAAUGGCCUCCGUAAAUCGGUGGCCCACGAACACGCGGAUCGAAACUCCCGACGGGGUGCAAAACUAGACCGGUGAACAUUAAACUAACAAAACAAUGGAAAACUAAAGUACAAAACGCAAUGUGGAACAAUUCACUCGACAGGGAGAGCGAGCUUCUGUGUGUGUGUGUUGGGGGGAGAAUGAGAGUAGCAGAGAUAUAAAAGGCAUGAGCAUACAUAGCAAGGAUAUUUAAGAGGAGGUUCGUGUAUUAGGAGAAAAAUCAAUCAGUUAUCAAACAUUCAAUCAGAGAGCAAUCUUAUGAAUUUCGCGAAACAAAAGUUCUUGUAUAUAGGUGAGCUUUUUUUUAAUUCUAUCCUUCUGCCCUGAGCACGUGGUGCACUAAGGCCACGGGAAGAAACAUUUUUAGACUCACCAGUGGUCCAACUCGUGUCCUCCCGGUGUGCGAGACAUGCUCUGUAACUCAAAUGGUUGUUUGCAAUGUUUCGUUUCUUGGUUGUACGCUAACAUUGGCCGCCGUUUGUAACCCAGUUUCCAUCCAUUUUUUUUUAUUCCCUUUUUUUUGGUUGCUUUUCCCCUUGUAGCGGUAGCUGGAGCCGAUACCUUCCGUGCGUUCGUUGAGUAGGGUUUAAGAUUUCCCGCCAGAUGAUGCGCGCUACGAUGCUGGCGAACACGAAACAAUAUUUACUAACAACACACACCAGUAGCAUUGCAAAGGCAGUCCGGCAGUCCAGCCAACAGUGUAAACAGCAACCAAACCGUGACCUCAAAAUAUGUAACCGGUAAACCUUAUGAAGCGAAACGCAACUACAGUGCAAAAACAUAUAAAACUUUAAACCUGAAACUUCCACCCGGCAAACAUCCGCCAACGAGCAAUACCGGGUCAGAGUUGAGGAAACCACAGAAACAGUUUCUCAGCAUGGAGGCGGAUGUUUGUUGGGCCGGGAGCUUCUGGGAGAAAUUACUAAAGUACAACAAAACCACAGAAUAUCAUUUAGCAAAGAAGAAAAAAAAACGUUUUAGCCGCGUAUUUUGCGUAACAUACAACCUGAAGAACAUUUAGAAGAGCGAAAAAACAAAAUGGAGGAUAAAGAGUUAGCAAUGGCGCAAUUGCACUAGCGUACUUAGUAGUAGUACCCGAAGGAUGUAAGGGUGAGAGAAGAAAGGAACGGAAGUAAACAAUAGAUUUUAGUAUUACGAGUACUAACCACACCACUAACACGACUACUACCACUACAGAAGAAACAAGCAACAACUCGCACCAACAACAGUCAACAAGUAAACUGUGACUACUACUACUACCAUUUUUUUAAACAUACAAGUGUCAUCAUAGCUACUGUCACUGCUAGUAGACAAAUUGCAGAAACGGGGAGGAAUGAGGGAUGAGAGAGAGAGAGAGAGAGAGAGAGCGAAAAGGAGGUAGAGAGCAAACAGGGACAGCAAGCCAGCUAUAUCCACUGAUGUCUGGCGUUGAUGGUGGACGAAAAUGUGAAGCAAUAACAACUCUACUACCUUAUAUCAGCAGCCUGUGUUAUGCCUGGGGAGGCUGGUGGCGGUUUUUGUUUUUUGGUCUUCUCUCUCAUCUCCAGUUGUACAGGAGUUUGACAGCUCGCUGAUGGUUGCACGGGAAUGGUGAAAGGACGCAGGAUAGGCUAGAAAGGAGCAGGUGUUAUAUGGUUGAGGUGACAGCAAAAAAAAAAAAGAAUGGAGAGAGUAGCGAGGAGGUACAAGGAUUUAUAUAAAUGCAUACGUAUAGAAAUAUAUAUACAUAGAUAUAUAUGAAUAGAUUUAUAUUUAUAUAUAUACAUUACAUAUAUAUAUUCAAACACAUAUUGAUAGUGGUGGGGCAAGCGCGAGAAGCAAGUGAAACUGACAGUUUACGAUCGUUUGAGGAACGAUAGUACACGAUAGAGUAGGUACGUUAGUAUGAAUGUGUGUGUGUUUGGCAUUCACAAAUGUCUCAAAUAGUGGGUGCGAGAGUAUGAGUGGCGGAGCCAGAAUUGAGAAAGCUUUGACUCUUGGAACUUUUUGGGGUUCCCCAUGUAAACAAGACUCCUUGUCGAUAAGGUGUCUAACAAAAUAAGUUCUCCAACUGCGAGAUAUGGAGAAUGGUAGAUCAGACCUCUCAAAGGAUGAGGUCUCUUGGUAGACUAGCAUACCUUUGAAUAUCGAGUCUUCGCCGAUCUUGAUCGAAAGAGUCUCUAAAACCUCUCGCAACGCAAGUCACCUCUGACGAUAUCUCUUCGUGAUUAGGUCACUUAGAUACUGAGGCCUCUGCAUAACGAAGGUCGCUUGUGCAACUAAAAUCAACCAAGGAACGCAGGUCGACUCCGACGAAAUCUCUUGGUAGUCUUAGUCGACCUUGAAUAUUGAGGCCUCGUCCAUUAUAAGGGCUCUUGAAGGACAAAGUCUCUUGAAUGACUAUAUCCCUUGGAAUGCAAGUCGUCUCUGACGAUAUCUCUUGGUAAAGUAGGUCCUCCUUGGAUAUUGAGUCCUUCAAUUUCAAUCUCUCUUCAGAUAGACGAAGUCUUUAUGAGCGACAAGAUCCUUCGGGAAUGAAGUCUUAGGACCCUUUGGACGUUAAGAGGAACCUUGGUAGAGGAUCGCUUUGCCGUCUAUCUCACUCUGCCGACUAUUUUGAUGUGUGAUGAACGGAUGUGUGAAUGGGUGUAUGGGCAAUGGAAGAAUACAAAAACGGAGGUUUUGAUAUGUUUUUGAUCAAUUAUCGAACUCACAACAGAAAAAUUGUGCGUGAUGUGUGUAAAAGAAAAAUGGAGCACUAGCAGUAGAAAGGCAAAACAGCAACAGUAAUAAAACAAUUCAAGUAAACGCGAGUAAGAGAGUAAAGGCGCUUGCGAGGUAGUAUUUAAACUAUAGAUAAAUAUUAACACUAAAGUAUAUGUAUAUUAUAGAACUAAUGAUGUAUCUCAAAACAAAACAAACAACAAAAAAAACAGAUGUGUGCCUUUUUCUACCGAAAUGAAAUGCAAACUGUGCUUUGCGUAAGCGCGAAUACUAAACAAAACUGAUCGAAACCAACAACACAACACCGCAGAAAACACUAACAAACAAACAUGGCGUACUGUAACAUGUAAACAAUAGUGGAGAGAACACCGUGGUACGAUUCGCAGUAGUUCAACGAGAAAGCUCUCCAAAACAACGGCAAGAUACAGUAAAUUAGGAGCACGAAGGAUGGUUGGCCGUGCGGGGUAGCUUGAACGGGCCUUAAUCUCACUCUCAUUGCUAGUCUGCUCGCAAAUGGGCAGAACCAUUAAACAGGGUUCGAGUGAACCUAUAGCCACAGCAGCACCUGCUGCAAAACACCAUCUGGAGCUGGAUGUUUGAUAUAAGUACGGUUUUGCCGAGAAUAGACCAGCGAGAGUGGGUGACUAGUGGCAAUGGCAAUAAUAGCGCAAUAUGACCCACUUCGCCCCUAUGCCCCUUUUUGGCGUCUGUUUAGACUGUAUUUAGACCGAGUGGAAAGGCGGGUGAUGUGGCAGCAACAAGCAGAAAACCGCAGAAAAACAUACGAUCAUCAAACACGUUUCGUUGCUGAUCAGGGCUGGACGCUUGGGCGUCGAGCGUCAAAGAUUUGUUACAAACGUUGCGGUAUUCCUCACACCCGGCUUUUUUUUUUACAUGGAAAAUGAGUAAGGUUAGGUACGUGCUCUUUUCACCGGCACUAUGGGUCCGUUCGGUGACUAGUGGUUCCCUUCAUCGUCUAGGACAGGCUCCAAUGCUUCCAGUGAGUUGGCGAUGGGAUUGACACCCAUCUGGCACAUACUCGCUCGAUCGUCACUUGACAAGCAAUAGUUAAAUGACGUUUAAUUGAUCACUUCAUGAGUCCAUUACUUUCACCACUCAGCCUACGCGUUACUAAUCAUCCUUUCGGUCUCCUGAGGCACGAUUCAAGCAAUCAAACUGAUGCAAAUCCAAAUCCAAAUCCAUAAACCACACGAAACACACGAGCUUGACGUUGACGGUGAAUGUCAACAGAGAGAGAGAGAGAGAGAGAGAGAGAGAGAGAGAGAGAUAGAGCGAUUGCAAGCAGCGAGAGUGCGAGUGAAUGAGUGAUUGCGUGUAUUUUUCGCGAGUGAGUGAGACAGUAGAGGGACAAGAUCGUAGCUGUAAUAGGGUUUGUGUUUUUUUGUUUGUUUUUGGAUAGUUAAAAAAGAAAGGCGUAAAUUACAUGGGGAACCUUAACCUCAAAUUGAAAGCAAUCUCCUAGCGGGUCAUGGUGAUGAUGAUCGGAUUUCUCAACUUCGGUUUUUCCUACCCACUUGUGCGCUCCCAUUUUGCACAAAAAUUUGCAACCAGGGGAGGGGGGGGGGGGGAAUCAAUAUCAGAAAAGGGAAUAAACCUGUAUGUAAAAAGAAAUGAAAAAGAAGAUUUAAGAAUGUGAAGAAAAAAAACAAGAGAUGAAAAUAGUGAAUUGUGUAUCUAAAAACAAUUUUAUUACUAGCAGCGUAGGUAAGACCAGAGCGAAUAUCAUUGUGUGGAAAUUAAAAAAAAAAAAACAACCAAGCGAGAGAGA